GGUAAACAAUAACAAAAGUAUUAAAAUUUAUCAGCUAAAAGCUCUUGUUCUACACUUUUAUAUCUUCCCUGGGCUUCAGUGUUUCUAAAGGUGCACCGCAUAAAAUAAAAGUGAAGAAUGGAAGUGGACACCGGUCUCGAAAUGAACGACAACAGCGCGGUGCUGGGCAGUGGCUUCACCAAAGCCUGCUCGCACAAUCUGCCGUGCAUUAGCAGCGAAACGAUAUGGGCCUACAUGGUCCAGCUGAUGAGGUCCGCUGCGGAGAAUCCGGAUGUAAUGAAAAUCCUUCACUCGAUUGCAGCCAACAAGCCGGAAUUUUCAGACGAUGGUAUCUGCUAUGUUCAGUUGAAACGUGAGGAUCGUAUUUGUGUCGUUAAGGGCCAAAUAACAACCGGCUAUAACGAUGACGAAGCAAAGACCUAUCAUCUGAUGGCGACCGUCAACGAGGAGGACGAUCGGAUCGUAUCGAUCGAUUGCAGCGAGUGUAGCGAAGGAGGUGACUGUCGACAUGCCAUCAGCUUUCUUAGCUGGUUGCACCGGAAAGGUGAGUGCGACGAUAGCAGUGAGGUAAUUUGCUAUUUUCGCCCACCGCUUUCCGCUGAGCUUGAAAACAUUCCUGCAAAACCGCCACUAAACAAAACCAAGGCGAAAAACUUCAUCCGGGAAAUUGUUCGCAUUCUACAGACUGAAGAUAUCGACUGUCCACUUCGGUGGAACUUUUCAUCGACUAACAAAAAGUUUGCCAAUCUGUCGAUUCAUGAGAUGAUUAUUACGGCUGUUAAGAAUAAGUACGACACAGCUCAGUUCUUUGAGCAUGCCCACUCAGUUAUCUCGUCUUCGGGAACGGUUUUGGCCGACAAAACAAAGUUCAUACCGAAAUUCAACCCGUGGUACUUAGAACUGCGUUACGCUCGGAUUACUAGUGCAAAAGUUUCAGAUUGUAUCAAUCUAAAUGUCACUCAAGCAGUACUGUACGAAACCAUUCUGGGAUGUCACAAGGAAAUUGAUCCGGUCAUUCAACGCAAGAAGCUAGCCGUCCGGCAACGGCUGGAAAAAUACACAAAAACCAAGUACGAAAACUGCAAACUUUCACUAAGUGCAAACUAUCCGAUCAUCUUCGACGUUCCGGAUGGUAUCUGCCAAUCGCACGUAAUCGAAAUCAAAUGUCCCAAAUCGAAGGAUCAUAUGCAGAAGUAUGUUACGGAAAAUGGAUCCAUCUGCGAAAAAUACUACAUGGAAAUUCAGAUUCACAUGUACAUGCACGGCAAAUCGGCCGGUGUCGUGUGCGUGGCGGAUCCUAAUUUCGAGACCAACAAUGAGAUUUACAUGCACUCGUUUAAUCUGAACCGCAACUUUGCCGUUAACAAGUUGAACAAAGCAAUGGACUAUUGGAAAAAUAUUGUCUAUCCCGAGCUUUACAAUAGCUGGUCUGAGUAAACCAGCCCUGCCGUCGACGCACUAGCAAGUAAACGCAAGUAAAGGUUAGCAAUUCUUCAGAUUGGUUACUUUUAUUUUAUUAAAAUCAUUACAUUUAAUCUUCCUCCUAUUUGUGUAUUGUCUCUUAGCUCUGUAAGGACAAUAAAUAUAGAUUUUUUUUCUUGGGUAUUAAAAUGUAUC